CUGACAGACUGCGGUCUGCCUCCGCACAGACAAUAAAGACAUCUUAAUGAGACAGAAAGAGCAGAGACGUGCCAAGCUGUGGGACGACUCAAACCUCUACGGGAUUGAGCACAAGAAUAUGCAAAAGAAAAAGUUUCGACAGAUGUGUUUGUGCCGGAUAAACUUCAUAUGUGCGGGACAGUUUCUGUCGUUCGGGACUUUGAAUUGACUAAUGUCUAAUGGGCGGACAUACACUUGGAUUGUUGCUGAUAACAAACGGGACUGCCACAAGAGAACUACUUGAGUGUUUCCAUCAUUAGUUCAUAAGGAAGUUAGAAGAAACAACAGCAGGGUUUAUCACUAGUUGACACUGACCUUGGUCCUCGCCUGUGAAUCUGCACAUUUCAACGACCGAGCGAACCAAAUGCGGAGAGAAAGAUGCAUUUGGGCAAGGCUUUACUGUUUGUCCUCCUACUCAACUGCGCGACUUUGAGCUCAUCUCUGUCAACUUGUGCCACCGUGGACAUCGACCAUGUGAAAAGGAAGAGAGUCGAGGCGAUACGAGGUCAGAUUCUGAGCAAACUCCGACUGACAAGUCCUCCACACUCUCUCGGACCGAGUAAAAUCCCGUAUCAAAUCCAAGCGUUGUAUAACAGCACCAAGGAGCUACUGGAGGAGCUCAGGAGGGAUCGGCAGCAAAGUUGCGGCCAGGACAACACAGAGACCGAGUACUAUGCCAAAGAGAUAUACAAAUUCAACAUGGUCUACGGACCGCCAGAAAGCAACGAUCUACUCUACUGCCCGAAAGGCAUCACUUCUAAGGUUUUUCGCUUCAACGUUGCCACCAUGGAGAGGAACUCAAGCAACCUCUUCAGAGCAGAGUUUCGAGCUCUGAGGGUGCCAAACUCAAGCUCCAAGAGGAAUGAACAGCGGAUUGAGCUCUACCAGAUUGUGAGGCCAAAUGAACACAUUAGGAAACAACGCUACCUUUCAGCCAAGAACGUGCUGACCAAAGGUACUUCAGAGUGGGUCUCCUUCGAUGUGACUGAAACAGUGCGGGAAUGGCUGAUGAACAGGGGAAGUAAUCUGGGUUUGGAAAUCAGUGUUCACUGCCCCUGCCACACAUUCAAAUCAAAUGGUGACAUCAUUGACAAUGAGAAUGAGGUGUUGGAGGUGAAGUUUAAAGGUUUGGAUGGAGAUGAGGAGCACAGCCGCUUGGAUCUGGAUCACCUGAAGAAGAGAAAGGACCAGUACGCUCCUCACCUUAUCCUCAUGAUGAUCCCGCCCCACCGCCUUGACACUCAGUCCACACGCCGACGCAAGAGAGCGCUGGACACAAACUACUGUUUCUCAAACACGGAGGAGAGCUGCUGUGUUCGCCGGCUCCACAUCGAUUUCCGUCGUGACUUGGACUGGAAGUGGAUCCAUGAGCCCAGUGGUUACGAUGCCAACUACUGCUCCGGGCCCUGCCCUUACCUGAGGAGCUCGGACACAACACACAGCUCGCUGCUGAGCCUGUACAACACUCUGAAUCCAGAGGCAUCGGCCUCCCCCUGCUGUGUCCCUAAAGACCUGGAACCCCUCACGAUACUCUACUACUCUGGACGGACCCCCAUCGUGGAGCAGCUCUCCAACAUGAUCGUCAAGUCUUGCAAGUGCAGCUGAGAAGACGUGAAAGUCGAGGUAGUACGGCAGGAUUUUACUAGGUACUGACGAAAACCCAUGCUUGAUGACUUCUGGACUCUUAGCUGUGACAAAUACUUUACCUGACCCUGCGGUAGAUCUGAACAUCACUCCAGAGGUCACGCAUUUUGUUAAGGAUGCCGAUUUUUCCUAAAAACUAGAGCCCCUCCCCCCUUCCCCCACAUUCUGGAUGACAAGUAGUUUCAUCUUAAAAAGUCCAAACCGAAAACGUCAUCUUGCAAUCAAAGCGUGUGUUCUUGAAAUAUUUCCCUUUAGAUUUGUGAAGAUGGAUAACACACUCCUAAAGCUAGAUUGCGGAGAGCCCAAAUGUAAACAAAUCGGGAGGUGCUUCAAGUACAACGAAUGAGAAAGACUGAUUCUGAGGUUUAUUUUCUGCUUCAGAGUUUGAGCAAAUAUGCCACAAAGUUCUAAUCUCUAAACUGCCAGUAGAGCAGCUUUCCUGUCUCUAGUGGGGGUGAUAUUGUCAAUAGUCACAAAUAUAGAAUGUGCUCUACUGAACAAUCGAAGGGUCCUUUCAGGCUGGAUUUUAUACAUUCUUCUUGCCUGAGGUUCCCGUCCCUUCAAACAGUGGACACUAUCUUCAAACACAAAAGGAGAAAGGACAGACUUGCUGCUGUAUCCAAAGCCAUAGCUGUGGUCAGAGAAAAGAGAGAGCGGAGAGAAUGCCUGCCGGAUUUGCAAUGGAAAGUGAAUGAACAAAGAGGUUGAGCCAAGCUUUUCUUUCUUUGGCCAGCCAGUAA